AUGAGUUCAAGUCCAGAAAGCUCCCUCGAGAACCAUCGUCCAAACCGGCCAAGUCAUUCCAAGCUUGUCUUUGACCAGACUCUGAUCACUUGUGAAGUUCGUCGGCAUAACUACCCAGGCAAUGGCACAGUCGAUGAUCCAUACCUCGUUGACUGGCUACCGAACGACCCCAAGAAUGGCUUCAACAUCUCAAUUGGCAUGAAAUGGGUUAUCGUCAUGAUCUGCAGCUUCAAUACUUUGGCUUGCUCCUUGGUAUCCACCGUGUUCGCAGGUACAAUCAUUCAAAUUGAUGACUAUUUCCAAUCGGGAGAGGAAGUUUCCAUCCUUACUGUCUCCCUCUUUGUGCUUGGUUUUGCCGUUGGCCCUGUUCUUUGGGGCCCACUUUCCGAGCUCUAUGGUCGCCAGAUAAUCUACCUUCUUACCUCAGGUGCCUCGGUCAUCUUUGAGGGGGCAUCCAUUGCCUGUCAACGGCAAGAUAUAGCCGCACUUACUGUACUUCGCUUCUUCGCCGGCUCGUUUAGUGCAUCAGCGAUCUCCAACUCACCUGCCAUCGUUGCCGAUAUUUUUUCGCCCGCCGAACGUGGUCUAGCUGUCAUGGCAUACUCUAUCUUUCCUUUCCUUGGCCCCACUCUUGGCCCGAUCUGUGGCAAUUUCCUUGCCGCUGGCGCAGGAUGGUGUUGGGUGGAUACUCUGUGUACAAUUCGAUGA